AUCAACAAGAUCAACAAGAUCAACUAGAUCAACAAGAUCAACAAGAUCAACAAGAUCAACAGAACAUCAAGAACCACAAGAUCAACAUGAUCAACAAGAUCAACAAGAUCAACAAGAUCAACAAGAUCAACAAGAUCAACAAGAUCAACAAGAUCAACAAGAUCAACAAGAUCAACAAGAUCAACAAGGUCAACAAGAUCAACAAUAUCAACAAGAUCAACAAGAUCAACAAGAUCAACAAGAUCUACAAUAUCAACAAGAUCAACAAGAUCAACAAGAUCAACAUAAUCAUCAAGACCAACAAGAUCAACAAGAUCAACAAGAUCAAUAAGAUCAACAAGAUCAACAAGAUCAACAAGAUCAACGAGAUCAACAAGAUCAACAAGAUCAAUAAGAUCAACAAGAUCAAAAAGAUCAACAAGAUCAACAAGAUCAACAAAAACCUAAUAAUCAUGAGAAACACGAGAUAUAUUGAGGAUGAGGAGACUGAUAAUGAGGAGAAUGAGAAUGAGAAUGAGAAGGAUGAGAAUGAGGAUAAAGAAAAUGAGGAUGAGGAGAAUGAGGAUGAGAAGAAUAAUGAUGGAAGAGAUAAGGAACAUGAGGAUGACGAGAAGGAGGAUGUGAAGAAUGUGAAGACUGAGGAUGAGGAGAAUGAAAAUGAGAAGAAUGAGGAUGAGGAGAAUGAGGAUGAAAAGGAUAAGGACGACGAGAAAGAGGAUGUCAAGAAUGAGGCUGAGAAGUAUGAGGAUGAGAAGUAUGAGGAUGAGAAGUAUGAGGAUGAGAAGGAUAAGUAUGAGUAG